AGGAGGAGCAGGAGGAGGAGGAGUUGCAGGUACACUGGAUAUUCUCGCUGGGUUUGAAGAGGGAGGAGGUGAAGGGGUGAAACCCUGAGAGCAGCAUGGCAACACAAACCUUAUAAAGAAUGAGGCACACCCCAGCGGGCCGCCUCAGUUCAGCUCUCCCACCUGACAGCAGCAGCAGCAGCACCUUGCAGCCGUCAUGCUCGGCCUCGUCAAAUUACCGCAAGUCUUCACCAUCAAUCAAGUGCCCAAAGUUUUCCACGAGGACAGCAUCCACUCGGGCUACCGACACCCCCGCAGCUCAGCCACCGACUGCAUCCUGAGCCUCUUCCAGCUGACCAAUGAGACGCUCAACAUCUGGACCCACUUUCUGCCCACCUGGUACUUCCUGUGGGAAGUGGUGGCGGUGGUGUUGGUGCAGACGGCAUGGCACGACUCCUUCAUCUGGCCUCUGGUGAUCUUCCUGACCACCUGCUGCAUUUACCCGCUGGCGUCCAGCUGCGCUCACACCUUCAGCAGCAUGUCGGCGCGGGCGCGCCACAUCUGCUUCUUCUUCGACUACGCUGCCCUCAGUUUCUACAGCCUGGGCUCAGCAAUCGUUUACUCAGCUUACGUUUUCCCGGACAAGUGGGCGAACGGCCUCUUCCACCAGUGCUACGUCCCCAUCGCCGUGCUGAACACGGUCAUCUGCACCGGCAUGGCCUGCUACUCCAGGCUGGGCUUACCGUUUCUGCAUUAUAAUCACGACGUCGUACAGAGAUUCUCAGAGAACCAGAAUCCAAAGUUCGGCAAAUAUCUCCGCGUUGUUGCCUUCGCCUACCCGUACUUUUUCGACCACAUUCCUUUGUUCUACAGGGUGUUCAUGUGUGAAGGAGAGGGCUGCACAGACAAUGAUACCAACAUGCUGCACAUCACCCACAUCACCUUGGCUCUCCUCACAGGCUUCCUGUUCGCCACACAUCUACCUGAGCGCCUGGCGCCCGGCAGCUUCGACUACAUAGGUCACAGCCAUCAACUGUUUCACGUGUGCGGCAUCCUCGGCACCCACUUCCAGAUGAAGGCCGUGAAACAGGACAUGGUGACACGGCGGCCCUGGCUCCUGGCCCACUCCGUGCCCAUCACCUUCUCCAACUCGGUGGGUGCGGCGCUGCUCUGCGUGGUGGUCAACGUGACGAUUCUCACGCUCUUCAGUCUACCUCUCCUCUCCGCUCCAAACUGUGAGGGAAAGAAACACGAUAAAGGGGCAAAGAAAGCCUCAAGCAGGGCCUGCGUGUGCUCCUAAACCUCUGGCUCCUUAUCACAGGAUCCGAGAAGGUCGUAAGACAUACAGUGGGGGUAAAAAGGGCAUUAUGGGUGAUUAUAAAAACAUUUUAAACAACACAAACGCUGAUGUCAUGUCACUUGAAUUCUAAACUCAAGGUGGUAUUCAGCCUGAUGACUGCUGUUAAAUGUGUGGGUAAACUGAAAAUAAGGGCGUACUUUGCACAAACGUACAAUGGAAAUUACUUGUUACUAUAAUAUGUAAUGAAUCUAAAUGUUUCUAAGGAAACUUGUUAUGAAAAGCUACAAAAGUAGCACGUUUUCUACUGUAAGGAGGUGCUCACUAUCUUUAUACAACAAUGUUUUUGUUCGGUUCUCUGAUUUCCACUUGUGGGGUAUGAGGAGAUUGUCAGCUGCAGGUAACAAUCACUAUGUCAAACUCAAAAUGUUAAUUUCACUGUCAAUUUCUAAUUGUAGUGCUGCAUUUAGACACUGUGCCUUUAGUGCGUGUGCUUGUGCAGCCUAUUGGAUUGUACUGUCAUGCACAUCACUCAGAUAUAUACGGAAAAACAUGCCGAGACAAAUGAGGCCGUUAUGAAAAGGGAAGAAAAUGUUUUGCUUUUGAGUUUGAGAUGCCUGCAAAUCAACAAAGUCAGUACUGUAGCCUAAUACAGAGAACAUGUUUUAUGAGGAGGUUUAUUUCCCUCAUAUGAUUGCCGUCUCUGUCCCUUAUCACAAUGUGCCUUUGACGCAAAACUGAAAGUAUUU